UGUCCAAACUGAGGCCUUGCGAAUAACGUUUAAAAGAAUGAAUAGUUUGGUGAAAGUUGUGUGCUGCCCCUGAGUUAGAAUAUAAUGCACAAAUUCUUUCUGUUUCAGUUGUAGCAUACAAAUCAAUUGGAAAAUCGCUCGUGACUUAGGAAGCAUGCGGAAACUAUAUAAAUCGCUCGUUUUCUAUAAUGGAACUGAUAUUUACUACAUUAACCAAGGAAAGUGUGUGUUUACAAAAUUGUUACGAUCUGUAUUGAAAUAUCAUGUUACAACUAAACGCCUGUGCUGUAGAUUAUUAUCAUAGUUCGAUAACGUAUUCGUUUAAAUGAUUCGAUUUUUGUUUUACUGUAACAAAACAAUAAAAACAGUGCAGUUAUGUACUCACUAAAGGCACAGAAAAAAAAAUGUUAUUUACGAAAAAAUGUAAUCUUUUUAAUUAUUUUUAUUCUUUUUAGUAGUGUCACUAUUUAUUAUGUCAAUUUACGAGAUGUAUCAGCUGGACCACCGUACAUUAUGCGUUCUGCACAUAGAUCUAACGUAAAUAAUUUAUCCUGUCAUUACGACGAUGAAGGGGAUGUGCUUCCAUGGGCUGAAGGGCCCAACUUUUCGCCUAAGUUCAACUCGAUAUUCUUUCACGAAACAUCAUGUCGUGGAGGCUUAAACUCUCGUCAGGCGUGCUCCAUCGAGUCUGCGGCGAGGGCACAUCCAAGGAGACAAAUCUAUGUUCUAUUCAGUGGACCCAUCAUGAAGCUAGUGUAUCAGAGAAGCUGCAUAGCUAAAUUGCGGCUCCUGCCAAACGUACAUUUUGCUAGAGUGCAUAUAGAAGAAUAUGCAAAGAACACCCCUUUGGACGGCUUAGUGGCAAGUAAUGAAUUUAAAGAGAGUAAAUGGCGAAUAGAACACACAUCAGAUGUCCUCAGAUAUUUAACUCUGUACAAGUGGGGAGGAGUGUAUCUGGACACAGACAUUAUGGUUGUGAAAUCUCUGACACCUCUCGGUCACAAUUGGGUAGCGAAAGAAGACAAUGGGCUCGUGAAUGCCGCAGCUAUCGCCAUUUCCAUGGACCACCUCGGAAGACGACUCGCGAAGACUAUUGUAAAUGAAGUGAAAACGACGUAUAGACCCGAUGUUUUCAUACAUAAUGGCCCGGGCGCGAUAACGAGAGUGUUACACCAUAUGUGCAAUAAAUCUGAUCCGAACGAAUGGUCUGCUAACACAUGUCAAGGUCUCGAGGUGUAUGGUCCGGAAUAUUUUUACCCAGUCCAUUAUACCAGAAAUAACGAUUAUUUCAAACCUGGAACGCUGAGGAACGUAGCAAACGCCUACACUCAUCAUUUAUGGAAUAAAAUAACUUACAAUACAACAAUAGAAAAGGAUUCUCCAUAUGAGAAGAUGGCUCAGCAACUUUGCCCUCUAAUUUAUGAAAUGUAUGGAGAUGAAUUUGGUACAUAAAUAGGUCAAAUUAUAUUUUUAAA